AGCCGCGGUGCGGCGGGAGGAGGAGGAGGAGGAGGAGGCGGAGGAGGGAGUCCGCGAGGGAGGGUCCGCCCGGCCCCCCGCCGCCGGAGCCGCCGCCGCCGCCGCUGCCGCCGCCUCAGCUGCAGCUGGACGAGGAGCAGGGGAACAUGGCGCCGGGGCCGCCGCCGCCGCGGCCGGGAUCCCGAAGGCCCGGGCCGCGCUGAGAGCGCCCAGCUGGAAGACAUGGUGGCUCUUUGGCAAUGAGAAGCAUUGAAAACUGACCUCCUGCUGGUGUAUAAGCACUAUGGGACCUGACAUUUUGACUGCUUGGGCAGCCAGCCUCCACUGCACUGGACAACACUAAUCUGAUCUUGAAGUGGCUGAUUGUGGCAGGAUGUGUGGACGAUGAUGAUGGCAAGGAAGCAAGAUGUCCGCAUUCCCACCUACAACAUCAGUGUGGUGGGGUUAUCUGGGACAGAGAAGGAGAAAGGCCAGUGCGGCAUCGGGAAGUCAUGUCUGUGCAACCGUUUUGUGCGCCCCAGUGCUGAUGAGUUUCACUUGGACCAUACCUCUGUCCUCAGCACCAGUGACUUUGGUGGACGAGUGGUCAAUAAUGACCACUUUCUCUACUGGGGAGAAGUCAGCCGUUCCCUGGAGGACUGUGUGGAAUGUAAGAUGCACAUUGUGGAACAGACAGAAUUUAUUGAUGACCAGACUUUCCAACCUCAUCGGAGCACAGCCCUGCAGCCCUACAUCAAGAGGGCUGCAGCAACCAAGCUGGCAUCAGCUGAAAAGCUCAUGUACUUUUGCACUGACCAGCUGGGCUUGGAGCAGGACUUUGAGCAGAAACAGAUGCCAGAUGGAAAGCUGCUGAUCGAUGGUUUCCUCCUUGGGAUUGACGUUAGCAGGGGCAUGAACAGGAACUUUGAUGACCAGCUCAAGUUUGUCUCCAACCUCUACAAUCAGCUCUCGAAAACAAAAAAGCCCAUCGUGGUGGUCCUGACCAAGUGUGAUGAGGGUGUUGAGCGGUACAUUAGAGAUGCACAUACUUUCGCCUUAAGCAAAAAGAACCUCCAGGUCGUAGAGACCUCAGCAAGGUCCAACGUAAAUGUGGACUUGGCUUUCAGUACCUUAGUGCAGCUCAUUGAUAAAAGCCGGGGAAAGACCAAGAUCAUUCCUUACUUUGAAGCGCUCAAGCAGCAGAGUCAGCAGAUAGCCACUGCGAAAGACAAGUACGAGUGGCUGGUGAGUCGCAUCGUGAAACACCACAAUGAGAACUGGCUGAGUGUCAGCCGAAAGAUGCAGGCCUCUCCAGAGUACCAGGACUAUGUCUAUCUGGAAGGGACUCAGAAAGCCAAGAAGCUCUUCCUGCAACACGUCCACCGGCUCAAGCAUGAGCACAUUGAGCGUAGGAGGAAGCUGUACCUGGCGGCCCUGCCCUUGGCUUUUGAAGCCCUCAUACCAAACCUGGAUGAAAUAGACCACCUAAGCUGCAUCAAGGCCAAGAAGCUCCUAGAAGCCAAGCCGGAAUUCUUGAAGUGGUUCGUUGUGCUUGAGGAGACCCCGUGGGAUGCCACCAGCCACAUCGACAACAUGGAGAACGAGAGGGUUCCCUUUGACCUGAUGGACACUGCCUCUGCUGAGCAGCUCUAUGAGGCCCACUUGGAGAGGCUGAGGAACGAGCGGAAGAGAGCCGAGAUGAGGCGGGCGUUCAAGGAGAACCUGGAGACCUCGCCGUUCAUAACCCCUGGGAAGCCUUGGGAAGAGGCGCGCAGCUUUAUUAUGAACGAGGACUUCUACCAGUGGCUAGAAGAACCUGUGUACAUGGACAUUUAUGGCAAGCACCAAAAGCAGAUCAUAGACAAGGCAAAGGAGGAGUUCCAGGAGCUGCUUUUGGAGUAUUCAGAAUUGUUUUAUGAGCUCGAGCUGGAUGCUAAGCCCAGCAAGGAGAAGAUGGGUGUCAUUCAGGAUGUUUUGGGGGAGGAGCAGCGAUUUAAAGCAUUACAGAAGCUCCAGGCGGAGCGCGAUGCCCUCAUUCUAAAGCACAUUCAUUUUGUGUACCACCCAACAAAGGAGACAUGCCCCAGCUGCCCGGCUUGUGUGGACGCGAAGAUCGAGCACUUGAUUAGUUCUCGGUUUAUCCGGCCAUCUGACCGGAAUCAGAAGAAUUCACUCUCUGACCCCAACAUUGAUAGGAUCAAUUUGGUUAUCUUGGGCAAGGACGGCCUCGCCCGAGAGUUGGCCAAUGAAAUUCGAGCUCUGUGUACAAAUGAUGACAAGUAUGUGAUAGACGGGAAGAUGUACGAGCUUUCUCUGAGGCCUAUAGAGGGGAAUGUCAGGCUUCCUGUGAACUCCUUUCAGACACCCACCUUUCAGCCCCAUGGCUGCCUCUGCCUUUACAAUUCAAAGGAGUCACUGUCCUAUGUUGUUGAGAGUAUAGAGAAGAGCAGAGAGUCCACACUGGGCAGGCGGGACAAUCAUUUAGUCCACCUCCCCCUGACCUUAAUUCUGGUCAAUAAGAGAGGAGACACCAGUGGAGAGACCCUGCACAGCCUAAUACAACAAGGCCAGCAAAUUGCUAGCAAGCUUCAGUGUGUCUUUCUCGAUCCUGCGUCUGCUGGCAUCGGUUACGGAAGGAACAUUAAUGAGAAGCAAAUCAGUCAGGUUUUAAAGGGACUCCUGGACUCCAAGCGUAACCUAAACCUGGUCAGUUCUACUGCUAGCAUCAAAGACUUAGCUGAUGUUGACCUGCGGAUUGUCAUGUGUCUGAUGUGUGGAGAUCCCUUCAGUGCAGAUGACAUCCUCUUUCCUGUCUUGCAGUCCCAAACCUGUAAGUCUUCCCAUUGUGGAAGCAGCAACUCUGUGUUACUUGAACUUCCAAUCGGGCUACACAAGAAGCGCAUUGAACUGUCAGUUCUUUCUUACCAUUCCUCCUUUAGCAUCCGAAAGAGCCGGUUGGUUCAUGGGUACAUUGUUUUUUAUUCAGCCAAACGUAAGGCCUCCUUGGCUAUGUUACGUGCCUUUCUUUGUGAAGUGCAAGAUAUUAUCCCCAUCCAGCUUGUAGCACUCACCGAUGGCGCCAUAGAUGUCCUGGACAAUGACUUGAGUCGGGAACAGCUGACAGAGGGGGAGGAGAUUGCUCAAGAAAUUGAUGGAAGGUUCACAAGCAUCCCGUGUAGCCAGCCCCAGCACAAGCUUGAGAUCUUUCACCCAUUUUUUAAAGACGUGGUGGAGAAAAAGAACAUCAUCGAGGCCACUCACAUGUAUGACAAUGCUGCCGAGGCCUGUAGCACCACGGAGGAGGUGUUCAACUCCCCCCGGGCAGGGUCGCCGCUCUGCAAUUCCAACCUACAGGACUCGGAAGAGGACAUUGAGCCACCAUCAUACAGCCUGUUUCGGGAAGACACGUCACUGCCCUCUCUGUCCAAGGACCAUUCCAAGCUCUCUAUGGAACUGGAGGGAAAUGACGGGCUGUCUUUCAUCAUGAGCAAUUUCGAGAGUAAACUCAACAACAAAGUACCUCCACCAGUCAAACCAAAGCCUCCUGUCCAUUUUGAAAUUACCAAGGGAGAUCUGUCUUAUUUGGACCAAGGCCACAGGGAUGGGCAAAGGAAGUCUAUGUCUUCUAGCCCCUGGCUGCCUCAGGAUGGGUUUGAUCCCUCUGACUAUGCGGAACCCAUGGAUGCUGUGGUCAAGCCAAGGAAUGAAGAAGAAAACAUAUACUCUGUGCCCCAUGACAGCACCCAAGGCAAGAUCAUUACUAUCCGGAACAUCAACAAAGCCCAGUCCAACGGCAGCGGCAAUGGUUCUGACAGUGAAAUGGACACGAGUUCUCUAGAGCGUGGCCGCAAGGUGUCCAUUGUGAGCAAGCCGGUGCUGUAUAGGACGAGGUGCACCCGCCUGGGGCGAUUUGCCAGCUACCGAACCAGCUUCAGCGUGGGCAGUGACGAUGAGCUGGGGCCCAUACGGAAGAAAGAAGAGGACCAGGCCUCCCAGGGAUACAAAGGGGACAAUGCUGUCAUUCCCUAUGAAACAGACGAAGACCCGAGGAGGAGGAACAUUCUUCGCAGUCUGAGGAGGAACACUAAGAAACCAAAGCCCAAACCCCGACCAUCCAUCACGAAGGCAACCUGGGAGAGUAACUAUUUUGGGGUGCCUUUAACAACUGUCGUGACGCCAGAGAAGCCCAUCCCCAUCUUUAUUGAACGAUGCAUUGAGUACAUUGAAGCCACAGGACUGAGCACAGAAGGUAUCUACCGGGUCAGCGGGAACAAGUCAGAGAUGGAGAGCCUGCAGAGACAGUUUGACCAAGACCACAACCUGGACUUGGCAGAGAAAGACUUCACAGUGAACACUGUGGCCGGUGCCAUGAAGAGCUUCUUCUCAGAGCUGCCUGACCCCCUGGUCCCAUACAGCAUGCAGAUUGACUUGGUGGAGGCACACAAGAUCAAUGACCGGGAGCAGAAGUUACAUGCCCUCAAGGAGGUAUUAAAGAAAUUCCCGAAGGAGAACCAUGAAGUCUUCAAAUACGUCAUCUCACACCUGAACAAAGUCAGCCACAACAACAAGGUGAAUCUCAUGACCAGCGAGAACCUGUCCAUCUGCUUCUGGCCCACCUUGAUGAGGCCAGACUUCAGCACCAUGGACGCACUCACAGCCACGCGCACCUACCAGACAAUCAUCGAGCUCUUCAUCCAGCAGUGCCCCUUCUUCUUCCACAACCGGCCCAUCAGCGAGCCCCCAGGCACCAUGCCCAGCUCCCCGUCAGCUGUGGCUUCCACUGUCCCCUUCCUUACCUCCACUCCCGUCACGAGUCAGCCAUCGCCCCCCCAGUCCCCUCCACCCACCCCCCAGUCCCCGAUGCAGCCUCUGCUCCCCUCUCAGCUUCAAGCCGAACACACGCUGUGAGCCACCAUAGCCUGGGAUGGCAGGAGAACCAGUUUUCUCUUGAUGGGGUAGCAUUCGGCCUUGACAAAGCCAGGUCCACUGGGGCAGGGGCAGGAGCCGAGGGUCCCCUCCUCAUCACCUCCAGAUCUUGGCGGGCAUACAGGCGUGUGCUCCACCCUGGACUAGGCUGUCGGGCACCCGGAGCCCAGCUCUGCAGACCUAGCACUGGCUGCAGGCAGGCCAUGGAACCCUGCCUUUGGCCUUGGGCUACUUCGAGGACUGAACUGGUCAGGCAGCAGCUCCUUGCCUGUUGUCUGAGUACACCAGCCUCAGGGCGCUGCCCUGCCUGUACAGAGCCCACUAUUGGGACAGCACCCAGCCUGUGCCAGGGGCUGAGGCUGGCUGAGAUUCCAGCCUGCCCCAGGCAGGGCGGGCACCCCCUGAGAAGAACACUUCCCGUCCACUUUGUCCGUCCCUCCCACCUUCCAUAUGUGCACACACACCUGCAAUGGGGUCCUCGGGGAAACAGAGGCCACAACUCGGCCACCCAAAGGUACAUGCUGGGGGCGUCAGCCUGGCACAUCAGCACAGAGGAAAAAGAGCUUUGUGCCUAGACCAAGUGCACACCUGCCCUCCCCACCCCUCACAGGCUUCCAGACCCUUCCCUUUGCAGGAAAGGGACACAGAGAGGAAUAGAAACGCCCUCCAGAAACUAGAAAAGAGGAAGAACCUACAGAGAACAGAAUGACAAGACCUCAAGAUCCACUCCCACCUCUGCAAGGAGGCUGAUGUGGAGGGACCCUGUAUGUGACCGUCCUGCUUCCCUGAGAGGUGACAUGAGCCUUGGGGAGAGCUGGCUGGUGGCCUAGAGCAGCCUGUGUCCUCUGCUGACAGUACACUGCUGGGAGACACUGCGUGCACAGGCCAGGCCUGAUUGGCGUGUUUUGUGUUGUGGGAUCGUUUAACCCCAGUCUGUGGGUGCCACCAGUAAGGCUGAGGACAUGGACAGAUACAGGAAAUGGUCUGCUGGUGCUGUCACCAGGGGGUCUCCUUUGCUUCGGUGCCAGUAGGGCCCCCAGGGGCUAAGACACAGGGUCAUUCCAGCCUGUCACCACCCCGCUUUUCCAGUCACCCCAGGGCUCUUCCCCCCCCCCCAGCAAGGCAGCCCUGGUAGCUAUUCCCCCACUCUCUGUGUUCCCACUUUCUCAUCCUAUCUGGGCCACGGCCUCCGCAGCCACAAAGCCUAACACUAAGGUACCCUGGGCACGAGGGGCAGGGCUGGGGGGCCCCGCACAGCACUGCCCGGGUCUUGACGUUGCACUUUAGAAACAGCACGUGUGGCAUGUUCCAAGGAGCCAGGCCAGGUAGCAGAGGCCACUGCCCAGGGGCUUGAGGUAGGUGGCAGCCCUGGGCCCAGCAGAUCCUUUGGUUAAGCUGGGUGUACCCCAUGUCUUGGUUUUCAUGGUAAAAUAAGGUGCUUGGAAACACUAAGUCACCCUGCCUGCGACUUUAUCAUCCUCAGAAUCCAAAACCAAGCCCAGAAUACAGACAUGUCCUAGGAACGCCAUUCUCCUUCCUGUGGGUUUGGGGCUGGUGGCAAGGUAAUGUCCUGUCCUUGACGCUGCUUUUGGGAGCCCCAGACACAGAACAGCUUCUCUUGUAGGUCUCGCUCCCCCAGUUAGCUCCUUGAGCAGUUGAGGGUGGCGGGACUGAGGUUGUGCCCACUGCGUGGCAGAAGGCAGUGUGGGCAGGCAGCUGGAAGAGCACAGCUUUGUGCCCUCAGAGGGGCAGAGCCCAGCCCAGGAGCUGCAAGGCAGCUGUGCCUCUGCCAACCUAACCUUGCCUCCUGUGUCCCCGGGCCCAGGGGCUGCAGGAUCCUGGCCCUUCCUAGGGGUGCUGACAGUUGUGGCAGCCUUGUGACCUGCAGAGAGGAAGUCACCUAGGGUUUGGGAUUGGUCUUAGACAGGAUGCUGCACACACAUGCUCGCUCACUCACAAACGUCCAUCCAGGCUUUAAGCUCUGAGAUGUACCUCCUCCACACGGGUUGCACAUCAUUCCAGAACUUGUCCAGAAUGGUGCCUCUAGGUGACAUCUGCAGUCCCCCAGCAGGCUAUGUGGUUUGUGUGGCCCAAUGGCUGUCACACAUCCAUUCUGCACUCCGUCACUUUGAGGAGGAACACGGAGAGCCAUGGGCUCUGGAUCUGGGCCAUCUUAGUUUUCCGUGCUGGAGGCAGGAAGCAGCCCUGGUGAGAAGCUCCUUGUGCGGUGUUUGCCACUGCAGCAGCUUGCACCACCAUCACCACCCCAACCUGGCAGUCUGGCCUCAAACCACUUCCCCACACCCCCCAGCAAGACCUGAGGGCAGACCUUCAGCCUUGUCAUCUUAUGUCAUCUGUGUCCCCUCCUUUUCUGUGAGCAGAAUGCCACUGCUUUGGCUUUGUGUCAAAAGGAACACUAAAGAGAGACAGCCCAUAACCAGGCCAGUCCAGUUUGCAGGGAUCUGGGACAGUCACUGGAACCAGGUCCACCUGCAGGGGGUGGCAGGUGCUGGCGGAAGGAAGCCCACGGUCCCCUGCCCUAUCUCCUUCCUCCCAGCAGCCCUCCCAGGACUCAGCACCCAUGCCAUAUGCUGUCCAUGUAGUUGAGACAGGGCAUAAGUUAUUGUUUGCAUUAAAGAACCGUUUUCCGUGUGCAUUUUAAAAAGGAAAUGUCUCGGGAUGAUAUGGGAAUAAAACUUGUGGGAAAUUGGAAUAGCGCUGCUGCCAGCCUCUUUUUCUGGUACUUGUAUUUUCACACAUUAAAUGAUCUUUAUAUAUGUUGAAUUAACAAAUAUUUUCAGUUUCCUGAGAAAAAAGCAUAUUAAUGGUAUUGAAAUGUGUUAGUAGUCUGGCCAUGUGCCCAAAAUUCUGUUUUGCAGCAAAGUGGAGAGUGUAUGUAAAAAAGUAUAACCAUUAUUCCUCGUAUUCUAGGGGCUUCAACCGGGACCUCCUCUAGUUGAUGUUAGGAAUGUUUGCUUAAUUUCCAGACUUUUUUUUUUUUAACACGUCGUGGGCUUUAAGGCUCCAACCUGAGCAGUGCAUGGUCAGCCCUCAGGACGCGGGAGGCAUCUCUGACUGAGGUGUUUUUGUUUGGUUUUGUUUUUUAAAAUCAUGUAUUUGCUACAAAGUAUUGUACUUGUCUCAAUGGGAAUGGUGUAAAAAACAGAAAAGGCCUUAUGUGAUAUGUAUCAUAGUUAAUAAAUCAAUCUUGUA